GUAUCCUUCAUCACUCAAGAUAGUACCUUCAUAUCCACAGUGCACGUUUAAAAGAUGUAGUGAACAGUUUAUUUGUGAUUAAAUAAAAAUUCUAAAAGAAAACAAGCAUAUAGAGACUGCUAAAAUUAUAAUUGUUACGAAAUCGCGAUUGGCUAGCAAAGAUAAUGGCAUUGUAUAUAAUUAAGUCGCUGGCGUUAUUAUCAGUACUGUCGGUACAGACGCUGGCCAUGGUACAAGUGCGGGUGAACGAGGGCGUGUUAGAGGGAGAGCGCGUGCGCAAUGAGUACGGCGGGGAGUACUACAGCUUCAAAGGGAUCCCGUACGCGCAGCCGCCGCUCGGGGACCUCCGGUUCAAGGCUCCACAACCUCCACAGCCUUGGAAAAAUGUUCGCAGUGCCAAGGAAUUCGGUCCCAAAUGUUACCAGUAUGACUUGUUCAUGGAAAAGGGAAAACGCGACGGCAGUGAAGACUGUUUGUACCUCAACGUGUAUACGCCAGACAUCAAACCCGACAAACCUUUGCCUGUCAUGUUCUGGAUACACGGAGGAGGCUUUGUUUCUGGUGCCGGGGAUGAUGAUGAAUACGGGCCCAAGUUACUCAUAAGGAAAGAUGUUAUCGUGGUCACGAUUAACUAUAGACUGGAAGUUCUAGGCUUUUUGUGCUUGGACACAGAAGAUGUGCCUGGUAAUGCCGGCAUGAAAGACCAAGUGGCAGCGCUCAGGUGGGUCAAUAAGAAUAUCGCGGACUUUGGCGGAGAUCCUGACAAUGUUAUUAUUUUUGGAGAAAGUGCCGGCGGGGUCAGCGUUUCCUACCAAGUUAUUUCGCCAAUGUCUAAAGGUUUAUUUAAAAGAGCGAUUGCUCAGAGUGGCGUCAGUUUAUGUUAUUGGGCACAGGCAUACAGACCACGAGAGAGAGCAUUUGCGUUAGGAAGAAAGUUAGGAUUUUAUUCAGACGAUGUCAAUGAAUUGUACGAAUUUCUGAAAAAGCAACCAGUGGAGUCACUUAUACAAGCCAAGGCUUCUAUAACCUAUGCUGAGAAUCAAAGGACUCAUGAAGAGGUCUAUUUUAGUGUAGCCGAUGAAAAACAAUUCGGCAAUAACGAGAGAUUCUACUACGGAGAUAUGGUGGAUGCAGUGUCGAACAACGUGCACGAAGGUAUAGAAAUUAUGACAGGAUACACGGCUGAUGAAGGUCUAAUGGGUGUUGCUAUUUUUGGUGAUAUUGAAAGAAAUCUGGAUCAAGCCAGAAACUUUCCACAAUUUUUCGUUUCCUACCCAAUGUCGCUCAAUUUACCAGUAAACGAUCAAUUGGAACUUGGAAAGAGAAUCAGAGAUUAUUAUUUCGACAAUCCAAUUGCAAUUCCUGAUGACUGGGAGAAGUUAGGAAGAUAUUACGGCAUGGAUAUAUUUGUGUUUGCUACUAUGAGAUGGAUUAAAAUAAUUGCUCGUACAAAUAAGAACAAGGUAUAUCUGUACAAGUUUACAGUUAAAACUGAGUUGAACAAGGCUGCUCACAUGAUGGGACUAGCAGAAGUGCUCGGAGACAAGGAAGUCGUUGCUCACAGUGAUGAUUUAGGGUAUCUGUUCAAUAUGAAAGAAUUACCUCUAAUUGAUAUGAACUCCACUACAUUCGAACAUGUUGAGAAAGUUACACAACUAUGGACCAAUUUUGCUAAACAUGGGAACCCCACACCUGACAAUUCACUGGGCGUUGAAUGGACUCCAUAUUCAAGUGACAAGCAAGAUUAUCUGGACAUUGGCAACGAACUCACAACUGGGAAUGCUCCUGAUGAAGAAGAGCUUCAGUUCUGGGAGAAUCUACUGACAGAAUACGGACAGAAGUUGUAUUGAUAGUUAUAUUUUAAUUAAAAACGAUAAUCGUACCAAUUAUUUUCUAAUACAAAUAUCUGGAUACUUUCUGAAGACAGACUUCGUUCACCAAUUAAAGGAAAUAUUGUUUUCCCCAAAGCAAAAAAGAAAUAUCGUCACUUGCUAUAUAUUACUCGUCAUCUUCAUAACGGCUGUGAUAGCGGAAAUAUACUGGACAAAUUAUAAAA